AUGGCGGCCGCUGAGCAAGUGGGUCUAAACAAAACGUGGGAAUUGUCCCUUUACGAGUUGCAUAGAACGCCACAGGACGCGAUUACGGACAAUACCGAGAUCGCCGUCAGCCCGAGGAGCUUGCACAGUGAGCUUAUGUGUCCGAUAUGCCUGGACAUGCUGAAGAAGACGAUGACUACCAAGGAGUGUCUUCACCGUUUUUGCUCUGACUGCAUCAUCACCGCGCUCAGAAGCGGAAAUAAGGAAUGUCCGACCUGCCGCAAAAAGCUGGUUUCCAAAAGGUCGCUGAGGCCAGAUCCCAACUUCGACCUCCUCAUAUCAAAGAUAUACCCGAGUCGUGAUGAGUAUGAGGCUCACCAGGAGCGUGUUUUAGCUAAACUGAACAAAUCUCAUUCUCAGGCAGCUCUGGUCAAUUCCAUAACAGAGGGAAUUAAGCUUCAAAGUCAGAAUAGGCCGCAAAGGUCUCGGAAGAACGCCAACGAACCUGAAAAUGCCAAUGGUACGGCUUCUUACACUGCUGGCAACACCAGUGGACGAACGACUCCCAAUCCAACUGCCAACAUGGCUAAUCAAAGCGACUCCUCACAAGGACCAACAGGAAUCCCAAACAACAAUGCACUGAUGGUUAAUGUAAUUAGCAACAGUCAGAAUCACCAGAAUUCUACUAACAGCGUCUCCCAGCCUGCGAGCAGCCCUGCAGUGUCGGGCACAACAUCCCGAAAUUCAACCACGCCUUCUCCGAAGCCUGCAAAGCGACAGAAAAGUCAGCAAAAUUCUGAAAAUGACUCUGCAGGGUCCAGUGUUGAAGUUGAGACUGGCGGGGGAGAAUCUAUGGUUGAUACGGAGGGGGAAGGACCCGGGGAACCACUUAUGCUGAACGAAAUUGAACUCGUUUUUAAACCGCAUCCAACGGAAAUGGCUGAGGAUAAUUCAUUGAUCAAAGCAUUGAAGGAGAACAGCAUUCGAUAUAUCAAAACGACAGCCAAUGCAACAGUUGACCAUCUGAGCAAAUACCUUGCCACUCGAUUGACGCUUGAUUUGGACACGGAACUGUCAGAAUCUCACAGACACUUGAAUUUUUGCAUAUACAUAGCUCCAUCUCCCGGCCAGCUGGUUGUUCUCAGUGGUUCUCAAACGUUGCGACAAGUCAAUGACAAAUUUUGGCGAGUUAAUCGACCACUGGAAAUGUAUUAUUCAUGGAAAAGAACCUAGGACAUCGAUUAUCAUUUUCCCCUACAAUCUGUACGUGUAUGGUGGAAAAUUGAAAUGAUAAUCAUUGCUGGAGGAGUUAAAAGGAAAUCCACUAUCGACUUGGCAAAGCUACAGCUACUAACGAAGUUGCAGUGGUUCAUUGAUUGUCACUCCAAUGUCUAACUGACUGUCUGCCAUUGGAUCAAGAGACGCGUUCCUACGCAUUGGCGUCGCCGAAUCGGAGUACAACAUAUAUUUAUACCUAAUUUUUAAGGCAGCGUCGCCAUGGCACGGAACUCACCAAUGAUUUUUUCGCACUCUCUGUGUAAAUAUCCGCGUCUUACGAUUAGACGUGAGUGCACUUAGGUGAAAGGAUCUGGGUCCAGUGACACUCAUUUCAUGGAAUAGUCGACAAGUGACAAGAUAUGACACAGAUGGUAAAGAUCUCUUAUUACGGUAAUGUGCAAAAUGAAUAUACGCAUAUAUAAGUAUCUGUAGCAUUUCGAGAUUUGUAGGUAUCCUUGUUUCUUCUUUUUUCUCGCUUCUUAGUAAUCUUCUCUAUCCAUCUGAACGCGAUGGAAUUAGCAUCGCGCUUAUGAAGCACUUCCAAAUCAACUUCUGCUUAGCUCAGGGUGUCCAUCAAAAUUGGAUAAAAUUUUGUCAGGCAACAACAGUUGUCAAGAUCUCUGAAGAAUCUGUGUAUUGGUUUUUUAAUGUUGGAAAAUACCAUUUAUAACCAUCCUGUUUAGCAAAUAAGUGAUUAUUCAUACAUAUUAAUUUCUAUCGAUAUUUAAACUAAGAAGAAUAAAUUGUAAGAUAAAUAUUUUA